AUGGAUAUUAGUUUUUCCCUAAAAAGAAGUUUGAUUGAAUUAGCUAGGCGUGGACCUGACAAGCUUGUUUCUUCUGGUGUCAGUAACAGGACUUCUACCAUGAACACUUCUACUCCAGCUAAAGAUAAUGGGAUUGAAAAGAAGACAUUUAAAGGAGACAGGUCACCACGCCCUUCACGUGUCCUUCAUCUUUGUCGAAUUCCAAGUGAUGCUACUGAAGCAGAAGUCAUUUCAUUAGGCAUCCCUUUUGGUAGAGUAACCAACCUCUUGAUGCUAAAAGGAAAAAGUCAGGCACUUUUGGAAAUGGCUUCUGAAGAAGCUGCUGUUACUAUGAUGAACUACUAUACUCCUACUACACCUCACCUCCGCAGUCAGCCUGUUUAUAUUCAGUAUUCCAAUCACAGAGAACUUAAGACUGACAAUCUACCUAACCAGUCUAGAUCCCAAGCUGCACUGCAAGCUGUGAAUGCUAUGCAGGCUGGAAACCUGACUGUCACAAGUGCGCUUGGUGCUGAUGGUGGGCUCUGUCCAGGUUCCGUUCUUCGCAUGAUUGUUGAAAAUCUUUUCUAUCCUGUUACUUUAGAAGUGCUGUUUCAGAUUUUCUCAAAAUUUGGAUCUGUCUUGAAGAUUAUCACCUUCACUAAGAACAAUCAGUUCCAAGCUCUGCUACAGUAUGCUGAUCCAAUGAAUGCAUAUUAUGCCAAAAUGGCUUUGGAUGGCCAAAGUAUCUACACUGGCUGCUGCACUCUGCGCAUUGAUUUCUCCAGGUUAGCUAACCUUAAGGUAAGGUACAACAAUGACAAAAGCAGAGAUUUCACUCGUCAUGACCUCCCUUCUGGUGAUGGCCACCCAGCCGUGGAGCCACCCAUAGCUGCUGCCUUUGGGAGCCAAAAUAUCAUCAUUCCAUCAUAUGCAGGGGCUGCUGGUAUUGCCCCAGCCAUGGGCUUUGCUCAAGGUCUUCCGGUUCCAGCUGUGCCUGUAGCACUGGGUUCCCUUGCAGUCCCCACGUCUGCAGCGUCUGGACAGAUGACUGUUACUGGUGUUACUGGUAUUCCAGGAAAUUCUGUUUUGCUAGUCAGCAAUCUGAACCCUGAAGUCAUCACACCACAUGGACUUUUCAUCCUGUUUGGUGUGUAUGGUGACGUGCAUCGUGUGAAGAUCAUGUUUAAGAAAAAAGAAAAUGCUCUGGUUCAGAUGGCAGAUGCAACCCAGGCUCUAUUAGCUAUCAGCCACUUGAAUGGACAGAGGCUUUAUGGAAGGGUCCUCCAUGCUACCUUUUCAAAACAUCGCACAGUUCAGCUUCCUCGUGAGGGAGAAGAGGACCAUGGCCUGACCAAGGACUACAGCCACAGCCCUUUACAUCGGUUUAAGAAGCCUGGCUCCAAGAACUUCAGAAAUAUCUUUCCUCCCUCUGACACUCUGCAUCUGUCCAAUAUCCCGACUUCUGUUACUGUUGAUGAAAUGAAGAAGCUUUUUGCAAAUACGGGAUCUACUGUGAAAGCCUUCAGAUUCUUCCAGAAAGAUUAUAAAAUGGCUCUUAUCCGACUGGGCUCUGUGGAAGAAGCACUUCAAGCUCUCAUUGAGCUUCACAAUCAUGAUCUGGGAGAAAAGCAUCACCUCCGAAUUUCCUUCUCAAAAUCUACAAUCUGA